AUGUUACAGCUGAAUGAAUUAGAAGAGAUGCGCUUAUUCUCUUAUGAAAAUACCAAACUUUACAAGGAGAAAACAAAAAGAUGGCAUGACAAACAUAUUCAACCAAGAGUGUUUGAAGAGAGCCAACAAGUUUUGCUCUGUAACUCGCUUUUGAAGCUAUUUCCAAGCAAGCUCAAGUCAAGAUGGUCGGGUCCAUUCUUGGUGGUUAAGGUGUAUCCCUAUGGAGCAGUGGAAUUGCGUGAAGAAGACUCCAAAAGAGAAUUCAAGGUUAAUGGCCAAAGACUCAAGCACUAUUGGGGUGGAGAGGUUGAGCGAAACAAGUGUUCAAUCUCUUUGGAGGAUCUUUGA